AUGCUGGAUGUGCGUCAUACUGUGGAUAAUUUAGUUAAAGGAUCUGGGUCAUGGCUCAGCAGUGCUAGUGACAGAUCAGGAAGACUUCAGGCAGACCUGCAGCUGGAAAAAGCCAUCAAAAUCAGUUUUCUUGAUUUAGGAAAUUCCAGCAGUGCUACAAUCAGUGUAGAAGUUGGUCGUUCAUCAUGGCCAACAAGUCAGCCUCUUGUAACUUUACUUCCUACUGUAGUACUUAUGACUCCAGCAGAAUGGCGGUCAGGAAAAAAUAUGACUGCUGUUCGAAUGUUCAAACAGUGUGAUUUUAAUGCAGAAGCUACAGAAGAAAAAUGGGACAAGGUACGAAUUGUGUGUACACAGCCAUAUCGGAAAGAUGUGCAAUUUGGGCUUUCCUUAUUUCGUCUACAUACAAAUUCUGAGGUAUUGAGUGUUGUAGAAGAUCCAGUGGUUAAUACUAAUAAGGAUGAUACAAAAAUACGUAAGGUCGCUGACAUGAAGAAAGAAGAGCUUGUCUCUAGAAUGAAUUUGCCAGCUGUCAAGAAAAAAACAAUAUCUCAGAGCAUAGGUUGGUUGGAAAAUAAGAUUUUAACCAAUGGUGAAGAAGCAGUUGCUGGUCCCCCCUGCAAUCCAUUUACAUCCCCAGUCUCAAGGGCUGCGCAGUUGCUUGUUAUGGCAGCAAAACCACAAAGUAAACAAGAGGUAUUGAAUGAAAAAGCAAACCUAGAAUGUGAAGCAUUAGAAUUCCUCAUUGGACUCAGCCUCACCAUUGAAGAUAUAAAUACUUUGAAAGUUUCAGGUGUAAGAAGAGAGUUUGAGAAGUCAAGACAGAAGGAAUUAAGCCCAGAAGAGAGAAGGAUAUUUAAAGACAUUGCACUGGAUUUUGCCAAGGAGAGGCUAAAAAGAUUGGAAAUACACCAUGAAAAAAUACCAAUGAAAGGUGUCACCAAAAACAUUUCCCAACAUAAAAAUGAGGGCUUAAUUAAGAGCAAAGAGAUGAGGACUACUGUUGGCAUGAAAACAUAUGGAAUAAUGACUGUUGAUUCAAAGAUGAAAGAGACUAAAGAUAUAAAAGAGGACAAAUCACAAUCAUAUCAUUUUAGUAAUAUAAAAGAGAAGAGAAUACAGGGUCCUAAAAAGAAGUUUACAUUUAAACAUAUAGAUUCACUUGGAAAAUCAGAAAAAUCUAAUCAUGUUUCAGAGAGUAGUGUUAGUCUUAGUAGGCAGAAGCUGAGAGAAGAAGAUGACUUAGAAUUUCGAAGUUCAUCAGCAUCACCUCGAAACAGUGUUGCUUUGGGAGAUUCAAGAGUAAUUACUCCUAAGAGGUCAUGGAAUGGGAAAGCAAAAAGUCAUUUACAAGAAACUAAAACAAACUUGCAAAUGAACAUUGAUGGCUGGUUCACCAAAUCAAAACGUAUGAAAGACGAUAUUUCUUCGUUGCAUCUAUCAGUUGGAGGCGGCACUAUAUCAAAUGACCAAGUUUCUGGGACCAAGGAUCAUAGUUAUAACAAAGUAGACAGUGGUGGGGGAUUUUUGGUUGAUCCCACUCCAUAUGUUAUCAAAAACUCUGCAUCAGAUUCAUCUGUUUUGGAUUCAGGCACCUGUUAUACUUUAGGAAGUGCACCAGCUAAUAAAUUUAAUAUAGGUCAUUAUGAAGCUUCUACACACACUAUGGUGGAAUGUCCACUUUGUUCAGGAUUAUUUGAUGCUACAAAAAUUGAAGGUCAUGCAGCGUCAUGUGGUAUUAUUUCUUCAGAUUCAGACAUGACUGACAUUGAAAAUGAUGUUUCAGCAGUAAAUCAUAAGGAAGACAAGGAAGCUAUGGACGAGUGCCCUGUGUGUGGUGAUUUUAUUGUCAGCACCUCUUUAGAAGACCAUACAACAGCUUGUGUUGCCUCUUCAUUCCCAGAUUAAAUGGAACCUUUUUUAUUUACAUUGCAUGGCUAAGUGUUCUCUUGAAAGGCAAAACAAUUUUUGUUAAGAUACUUUUAAGGGUUAAUAGGUUGAUUCAGCCAUUUUCAUUUGCAAACAGUUACCGUAACAUCUUGGUUAUUUUACUUUCCUAUGAGAAUGUGCAUCCUAAUAUUUUUUCUUUCAUGCUUUAAAGAUUAUCUUUCUGCUUAUAAUCUAAAUAUGUUUUUGCCAACCUUUAUUACAUGUAAAUACGAAAAGUCAAUGAAUCAGGGGUGUAAAAUCUUUUGUGGAUUUUGUGUAGCAUAACUUAGCUUAAUAUAAAUAAAAGAUAUUUCCCAAGUAUUAAUCAUUAUGUGGAUUUGAACGAUUAUUCUUUCAUGAAUAGUUUUGUAUUUUAAUUUGACUUAAAAAUACAUUGGCUCUGACACUCAGAUUGUGACAAAAAAGUACCCCAGUUGCUCUUCACUAUAAUUUGACAUUCAAAGUGACAUUACUAUUGAGUUUUAUAGUAACGACUAGAUGUUCUUUUAUUGCAAUAAAUAGUUGUUCAUCUACAAGUAAUCCAUCUGAGUUUCAAGAAAGUGAAACAUAGAAGAGACCAUGCUGAUAUUUUGUGAAUUAUGGAUUUUAUUGCUAAUUUAUUUCCUUGUUUUUGUAAAUAAGAUUUCAUAUUGAUCAUU